AUUCACGCGCUUAUCUUCUUCUCCUACCUCCACCAACCACUCUUCCACCUUUAAAAACCCCCCAAAAACUUGGGCCAAUCAGCCACAGUUAUUCCUCUCCGUUAGAUCCAGACUGAACAACAAUGGCGUGCUCAGCUGCCACGUCAAUGGCCGCUCUUAUCUCAUCCAAUCCCAAUCCCAAUCCCAAAGCUCACAUUUCUCCCAAAAGCUCCAUCUCUCCCCAAUCCGUUUCCCUUGCUUCCUCAUUCUCCGGCAAAUCCCGCUCUCGCUCUUCCAUCUCUGUUUCUUCUUCGAAACGACGUAGUUUGGUCGUCCGUGCUAGUGAACUUCCUCUGGUUGGAAACGUAGCUCCGGAUUUUGAGGCAGAGGCAGUUUUUGAUCAGGAAUUUAUUAAGGUUAAGCUCUCUGAGUAUAUAGGGAAGAAAUAUGUUAUUCUCUUCUUUUACCCACUGGACUUCACCUUUGUUUGCCCCACGGAGAUCACCGCUUUCAGUGACCGUUAUGAAGAAUUUAGCAAAUUGAACACAGAAGUACUCGGUGUAUCCGUAGACAGUGUGUUUUCCCACCUUGCAUGGGUCCAAACGGAAAGAAAGUCCGGGGGUUUGGGUGAUUUGACAUAUCCAUUGGUUUCUGACAUAACUAAGUCGAUUGCAAAAUCGUACGGCGUGCUGAUUCCAGACCAGGGAAUUGCUUUGAGAGGACUCUUUAUCAUUGACAAGGAGGGAGUCAUUCAACACUCCACUAUCAACAAUCUCGGAAUCGGCCGUAGUGUUGACGAAACACUGAGAACACUCCAGGCAUUGCAAUACGUGCAAGAUAACCCAGAUGAAGUGUGCCCAGCUGGAUGGAAGCCUGGGGAGAAAUCAAUGAAACCAGACCCUAAGCUUAGCAAGGACUACUUUGCUGCUAUUUAAGCUCUUCGAUGAGAAUCGAGAUUGUUUGUUAGAAAGAGGCUGCAGAAAGUUUUGUUAUUCAUGUAACUAUUUAAAUUUAUUUUUUUAAUUUAUUUAUUGGAGUUCAUUGUUGAGUUCUGAACAACGCUUUGGAAAAUGACAUUAAUGUUUAAAAUUGAAUGGUUUCCCCCGAUCAAAUUGAAUGUCUUAUUGUGCGUCGAUUAAUGAUA